AUGUACUGGCGACCUCACGUUAGAGGCGAAGAAAAGGAGGCUGGCGGAAGAAAACCGCUGCUUCAGAUGCACAAUCGGAAGGCACCGGGCGAGGGAGUGUCGGCGGAAGGUGCCCCUGCGACAAGCGUCCAGAACGCAAUCUCCGACAGUACUGACGUCCCAUUGGAUUUCGAAGUGCUUCUUCAAACGUUCCGAGCCUGGGCUGAGGAAGGCAACCAAAGACUUUACGUGCGAGCCAUUAUCGAUGGAGGUAGCCAACGGACGUUCAUUCGUGAGGAUCUUUCUCGCAAACUCGACCUCAAAGUUCUGGGAGAUGUUAGCCUCCGGCUAAAUACGUUCGACCACUCCACGUCACGACCGCAACGUCGGCGACUAGUGCAAGUACGGUUGCACAGCCAAUACGGCCAAGAAGAGUGCGUCAUCGAGGCCGUCGAGGUACCCUUCAUUUGUAAGGACGUUGUGCAGGUACCCGUCGACCACGAAUUUGUGCGCCGUAAGAUGAAAAACGGCCGUCGUAUUGCGGACAUGCUUUUCUCCCCUCUGGCCACUGCUGAAGAGGGCAUUUCCCUUCUGGUCGGUUCAGACCAGAUGUGGCGAGUGAACGGUGACCAAGUGCUGCAUUGCAAGAAAAAUCAGAAGCUGGUAGCUAUAAGCACCAUUUUUGAGUGGACCUUUCAGGGCCCAGUGUCAAACCACAGAUCUCUCAAAGGCAGCACCAGCAGCAUGGUAUGCGUGCUAAGAACGAAAUGCUCCAGGAACGAGAACGUCGGAGACAUCCUGCGGCGUUUUGGGGAGCUAGAGAGCAUCGGCAUUUCUGACCAGCCCUCCAACAAGAUGGAAGAAGAGAACGAACUGCUGAACGAGUUCAGCCGAACAAUACGGAAAGUGAAUGGGUUGUACGGAGUGGGUCUACCAUUCAGGGUCGUCGCGGGAGAACUGAAGGAUAACCACAGGCUGGCAUUGAAAAGUCUUGAGAGUUUGAAGAAGAGAUUGUCACGCGACGAGUCCUUCGCAAAAGAUUACAACUUCAUAUGCAGCUACAUCACCUCAGGACACGCAGAAAAGUUUAGUUUCGAAGAACUGACAACCAUGCUACACGAGGUAAAAGCCGUCGUGAAUUCUCGAUCUUUGGCCCCUGUUCUCGACGCUCCACACGAGCAGGAUGCUUUAACGACUGCGCACUUCUUGUUGGGCAGGCGUCUGACGGCUUUCCCAUCAGUCAACGUAGAAGCUAUGCCAGGUUCUGUGAGAGGGGACAUCACCAGGCGUUGGCUACACAGGCAGCAACUGCUGGACCAAUUCUGUCGGAGAUGGCGGAAGGAACGCCUCAUUCAGCUCCGCUCCGCACACCGGUCGCCCGAGACGUGGACAAACAACCUACAGAACGGGAACCUCGUUCUUGUUCACGAGGACAAGACCCCACGGCUCAUGUGGAAAACGGGGAGGAUCGAAACAGUUCAGCUGGGCAGAGACAACCACGUGCGUUCCUGUCUGGUGCGCCUACCAAGCGGGGUAACGCUUCGGCGCCCCGUGCAGCUCCUUUACCCCCUGGAACCGGCAAGUGAAUGA